AUGAAACCGGUGGGGAUAAGGGUCACUUUGUAUGGUCAUUUUAGUGGCAUUAGGGCGAUUAUGAAUGCUCUGGAAGAAGAAGAACGGGCCGCCAUUCGGAACUCUUCGAUUGGAAAAUUUGUUCAUGCUCUACAACUAGUACUGGUUGAAGCUGCCUUGCUUGAUGUUGUGCAAGUCAAUUCAACAUCAUCUUUUGAGUCACAAAGAGAAGGGGAAAAGGAUGAGUCUCCAGAGAAGAAGAUUCGCCUGAACCCUGCACAUGCUAGAGAGCUCCAUGAAGAGGAGAAGACAGUAGUUGACUACAUAAUAACAGAUGAUGGUGAAUCUAAGUUUGAUAAGAAAGAGCUUGUGUGGUCUAACAAGGAAGAGGAUGUUAAGUUGUGUAACUUCAAUGCUUUUGAGAGAAGCUACGAUCACUAA